GAGAGUAAGUGAUUGGGAAUCACGUGGACUUGACCGAAACAGGCAGAGAGGGGGUCGGCCAGCGAGAAGCAUCAGUACAGGGUCACCAAACCACCGAGAGACCACCUGGAGGUCCGAGUUUUAACGCAAACAUCCAGAACUGAACCCCGGGAGUUAAGCAUAGAGGAGGCCAGAAUUGAGGAAACCCAUGGCAGAGGGAGGCUGUGCGAAGACAGAGGAGGAGGAGGGGCAGGCCGCAGAGGAAGACCCUCGGCCGUAUCAUGGUGUGGGUGUGUGCAAGUGGUUCAAUGUUCGGAUGGGUUUUGGAUUCCUAUCCAUGAACACACGGGACGGUGUGCCUUUGGAAACUCCAGUUGAUGUAUUUGUCCAUCAGAGUAAACUGCACAUGGAGGGUUUCCGCAGUCUGAAGGAGGGUGAGUCUGUAGAGUUCACCUUCAAGAAGUCAUCCAAAGGCCUGGAGUCUGUGCGGGUGACGGGGCCCGGAGGAGCUCACUGUGUGGGCAGCGACCGGAGACCCAAAGGCAAGAGUGUCCAGAAACGCCGGGCUAAAGGAGACAGGUGCUACAACUGUGGCGGUCUGGACCACCACGCCAAGGAGUGCAAACUUCCUCCCCAACCCAAAAGAUGCCAUUUCUGCCAAAGUGUCGCACAUAUGGUGGCAAACUGCCCCGUCAAAGCCCAGCAGUCGACACAAGGCUCUCAGGGAAAGUCUGCGGGUCAGAAACAAGAGGAAGCGGAUCAAAAUCAUUCACCACCAGCCACCGACUGACACCACGCUUGAAAACCAAUCACACACCACUGCACUGGAUAAACACACAUGCAUAAUGCUGCUGCUGGAACUUCCUCAGGUCUAAAUAAGCAAGGAGAACAUGACUUUCAUAUCCUUUUUUAAUGGUUUGAAGGUGUGUUCACAUCAAGAAUGAUGAAUAUACCCUCUCAGAAACAUCUGCUUAUUAAAAGUUGCCGUAUUUAUGUGUUUUCCACUUAUUUGUGGUUGUGAAUUGCAUUAUGGGAUGUUGAUCUCUGCUCUGUCCACUUUUGAUGUAGAAAAUUCACUUCUACAGUUGAACAAAGAGACUUUUAGAGGUUUAGAAUAAUAUAAUGUAUAAGAAAUAAUAUCAAGAGUGUGUAAAAUAACAGAAAAUGUGCUGCCGUUCAUUACAAGGUGUUUGUAGUGUAAUAUACAACACCAACCCAGACAAUGACUCACGGUAAACUAUAAUAAAUGGUCAUAAAAGUCAAACUUUUCAAGGUUAAAAGUUGUUGGAAGAAAGAUCAAGCUCCCAUAAUGCAACUCAAAAGCAUAAAUAAACAUCAAUCACAAAACACAGAAAACUGCUUAUUUACAGAUAUUUACAGUGUAGCUUCACAGCAUCACACAGGCUGUAUCCACAAUCGCCCCUAUAGCCUUAAAUUGUGCACUAUUUUAGGGAGCAGCCAUGUGUAGUGGCAUCCAAAACCAUAGUGGAUGUUCUGUGUUUAAGUUAAUAAAUCCCAAAAUGCAUCACAGAAAACCACGCCAACUCUGGGAGAACAGGCAAACUCCACACAGAAAUGCCAACUGACCCAGCUAAGACUCAAACCAGCGACCUUUCUUGCUGUGAGGCGAUCAUGCUCCCUACUUUGCCACCGUGAUGCCCCAUUUUGAAUUUAAUGUGACCUUUUAUUGUUAAGUAAAAGCAAACUAAAAUUAAAUCCUUCAAUUAAGUGUUACAAAUAAAUCAGAUUUAAAAAUAAAAGUAAACACUGUCUCUCGGAUAGAGGACACAAAACAUCGCGAGCAAAUCAAUGCAAAAGCUUGACUUGUGUAUUCGGCAUUGAACUCCAUUGUUUAAUAAAUGGGAUUUUUUUUGUUGUUUUUAAUAAUAAUAAUAAUUAUUAUUAUUAUUAUUAUAAAUAAUAAUAAUUUUUUACAUUUAUAUAGCGCUUUUCAAAGCUUUACACAACUUGUGGAACCUCCUCAUCCACCACCAGUGUGCAGCAUCCACCUGGAUGACGUGACGUCAGCCAUAUUGCGCCAGACCGCACACCAGCUGAUUGGUGUAGAGGAGAAAAGCCAUCAAUGAUAUAGGGAUGGUUAGGAGGCCAUGAUGACAGAGGUCGGUGGGCAAAUUUGGCCAGGAUAAACCCCUACACUUUUCAAAGAACAUCCUGGGAUUUUUAAUGACCACAGAGUCAGGACCUCUCAUUGAGUAGUAUAGAGUCCCCUUCACUAUACUGGGGCGUUAGGACCCACACAGACUGCAGGUUGAGCGCCCCCUGCCGGCCUUACUAACAACAGUUCCAGCAGCAACCUAGCUGGUCUCCCAUUCAGAUACUGACCAGGCUCACCCCUGCUUAGGUUCAAUGGGAGACCAUGUGAGAGCUGCAGAGAGCUAGCUGCCGGCUAAUGCAAUGACUACAGUAAUACAGUCAUUAUAUAUAUAUAUAAUACAUUCGUAUAUUAGUUCCUAUAAAGCAAUAUUUUCUAUUUUUUUUUAAUAUUAGCAAAAUAAAUUAGGAAAUUACUCAUGGCAACUUUAACGUUAUGCAGUUUGCAGCCCACAGCCCUGUAUGAAAUUUGGAUUUUGGCCCUUCAUAAGAGAAGGUUUGGGCAUCCCUGAUACAGAAACUAAUUCAUUCAUUCAUUUUCUUUUCGGCUAAGUCCCUUUAUUAAUCAGGGGAAUAAACCGCCAAC